AUGUUUCCUAAGUUUAUCCUGGAGGCAGAGCAGGAGUCCAGGUGUUCAUCCUCAGGAGCUGCAGGAACACUCUCCCUGUGUACAAGUAUCACCUGCACCGCUGCUCAGGGCAUGGACCACCAGCACCAGAACCAGCGGCAGAACCAGCAGCAGAACCAGCGGCAGAACCAGCGGCAGAACCAGCGGCAGAACCAGCGGCAGAACCAGCAGCAGAACAAGCAGCAGAAAUGA